UGCCAUCACUAAAAAAUUCCAACCAACUACAUAACAUGUACACAUGAUAAUAACAUAUAAAUAGAAAUGUAUAAACGCUUACCAACUCGUUCUCUGGUUAGCUUUUCGAAUUGCUGGUCACGCUGCUAUGCCACAGAACAGCCGGCCCAGUCACAAGGGCAGCCGGAGAGCAGAAAACGUCCUGUUAUUGGUCUUACACAACCGCCGGAUCCACAGUCAGUAGAUACUGAUUAUAUUGGUCCAGCCGAUCCAAAUUCAAAUCUACGGCCAUAUGUUCGACAUUACAAUGAGAAUGAAACGGAGUUGGAAAAGAAGUUACGCUGCCUGCGUAUCGAUGUAGAGAAAUGGAACAUGGAUUUCUGGACGAAGCACAACAAACGUUUCUAUGAGGAAAAGGAAGAUUUCAUGCGUCUGCAUAAAGACAGCGGCACUGAAGAGGUAAGCGCCGAUCAGAUGAGCGUAUUUUACAAAUCAUUUCUGGAUAAAAAUCGACGCAUGCAUCUGAUGUAUAAUAUAUCCUGGUAUUUGAAGAAUUUUGACAUGCUUACUCUAGCAUUUGGAGUGCAAGUACAGAAGCUUUUGAAGCUUAGAAGAAAGAAGACGUAGUCAGUCCCCCCAUUGACUACUUCCCAGUAUAGAAGCUAUAUGUGAAUUGUGUUGUCCAUUGUACAUAAAUCUAAAACGUUGGAAAAUAAGUUAAAAAUGAAUGAAAAACGAAACGAAAUAGAAAGCAAUUUUCUUGUAUA